AGCAACGUUUCAUGUUCAUUUUGGGCAGCAGGAGACUCGCAUUUCCACCUCUGCUGGCUGCUGUAAGGGAAUCCCUCUGACUGUGGAAUGUUUGUCGGGGUCGAGCUGCUUCCCUCCUCUCUUGCACCGUAACCGGGCAGUGUUUUUAGCGGCUCUCCGGACCCCAAACACCGCGUGCGUUUUCGCUGGCAGGCGAGUUUCUGAGGCGGAGGAUCGCUAUGGAGGUGUUAUGGAUGAUUCCGCUGCUGCUGAUUCCGCUGCUGAUGUGGACCAGCACCACGUUUGUUUUUUAUUUCAAAAAGUGCUUUUACGUGGCCUGGAUGAUGUGCUUGGCCCUGUUGGCUAUCCCUCUGUGUAUACUGAAAAGCGGAGGCAGAGACAUCGAGAACAUGAGGAUUAUCCGCUCCUUGGUCCGUCAUGUGAAGUAUUUCUUGGGUCUGCGGUUCGAAGUGAGCGGCUGGGAGCAUCUGCAGACUGAGGGACCCUACGUCAUCAUCUCCAACCACCAGAGCUCCCUGGAUGUUUUAGGCCUGAUGGAGAUCCUACCUGACCGAUGCACCAUGAUCGCCAAGAAGGAGCUGAUCUACGCCGGCACUGUGGGUCUUAUCUGCUGGCUGGGCGGCAUCGUCUUCAUCAACCGCAAGAAGACGAGUGAUGCCAAGAGUGUCAUGGCCGACGCUGCCAAAACCAUGUUGGAAGACCAGAUUCGUCUGUGGGUGUUCCCAGAGGGAACGCGAAACCAGAGAGGCGACCUGCUGCCCUUCAAAAAAGGAGCGUUUCACCUGGCAGUGCAGGCACAAGCGCCCAUCAUCCCCGUCGUCUUCUCCUCCUACAGCAACUUCUACCUACGGAAAGAAAAGCAGUUCAAAUCAGGGAUCAUCAGAUUGAAGAUCCUUCCGAAGAUCGAGACAAAGGGGAUGACAUCAGACGAUGUCACAUCCCUCUCCGACAAAUCCUUCAACCUGAUGCGCUCGGCUUUCUUGGAAAUCUCCGACUCCGUAACCCAGAGCAACGGGCCGUCGCGGCACUGAACACUUACCAUUAACUUCCGCCUCCUCUCCCCCAUCCCUUCACCCCAAAACCCUCCUCCCCCUGCCCCCCCCCCCCUCUGGCCAGGAAAAACAACAUGACACAGAUCUCUUGUCAUGAAAUCUCUUCUUGUCUAGUCGACGCCUGGUCCGGUCCGCCUCCGGCCUGACCGCACAGCACAGCCAGUCCCGACCCUCACCGAGUCUGCAGCAGCAGCACUGGCCGCCGCGCUGCUCUGCACGCCGUGAGCGGAGUGACGGACGGCAAGCCGAACAGUAUGGAUGUGUUGUUCUUCAUGCAUGCCUUUUUUUUUUCUUUUGGAUGGCUCUGCCCGCCUUCAUCUUUGCUUUAUAUUUUCUUACUUUAUUGCCAUUUUGUAUUUUUUUAUUUACGCCUUUUUCUCCUUCUGUUUAGCAGACGUUUCCUCAUCUUUUCCUCUCAUGCUUCUUUCCUUUUGUUUUAGUGAUCUGAAGUCACAAACACACCUUCAAAGUUCUCCUUUUCCCCUUUCCUUCCUCUCCUUUUAGCGUGUUUUCCCCUUUUUGCAUUCCAGUCUCUUGCCUAAAGACAAAAGGAGCGGGGUCUCCACGAACGGUGGAGGCUCGGAGGUGAAGGUCGGCGCUGCUCGGCCACGGACUCAUUUAGUUCUGUCGCUCUGAAACCAACUCUAUAACCUUAUUUUUAACUUAGUCGCUCCAUGACAUCAAUCGAGGAAUUCAAGGGGUCACAGAGUUUAACAAUAGCACCCAUCUGUACUGAUUUACUGGACUCGAGCAGAUGGAUCAGUUUUCAGUGUCGUGCAUUGUUGGUGUAUCUUUGUGCAUUCUCUCUUAGAAACAAUCUGCGUGCAGCUUCCAGCAGCAGGUGUCCUCUUGCUGUGCUCUGUAUUUCUAUUUAUUUUAGAUCAGGUAAUCUUUUUGUUUUAUUAGAAGGGAUUUUUCCUCAGACAGAACUCAAAAGAGAAAUCCAUUUAAGACGUGUCAAAAAGGUGAUUUCAUAUUGUGCAAUGUCAAACUGUUUUUUUUUUUUAAGCAUUACUGCUCCAAAGUGCAAGCUACCUGCUGUGCCAUGACGUUGUGUUUUUGGGGAGACUUCCAAUGAAAGCUCUUAAUUUUGUCGUUGUAAACUUGUUUACUCAUUAUCUGUCUGAUGAUAUAGUUUCCUUCUUCCAUGAUCAAGGGUUGCUUUUGCUACAACAAGAGGGGAAAACUUAUGAAGACUUGUAAACGUUACAGAGUCUGAUUUUAUUUCUUCUUAUUUUACUAGUAGACUAUCUUGGCAAGCCUACUGUACAUCUCAAAGGUUUUUUUUAAUUUUUAAAUCACAAUGUAAGUAUUGUUUUAGAUAUAACUGACCCUCUUAGGAGAACAUUAGAUUAUUUAAAAAGUUUUGGCCUUAAGUUUGACUGAUUUGUUGUUCUUGCACUUUGAAUUGUUUGGCAGAGGGGUGUACCACGAAGAAAGCUCAUUCUUCUUCAUAAUUUGUGGUCUAAAAUAAGCCUGAAUUUACAGUCAGAGGUGUGAGGUAUCAAAAGCUAGUUAUGAGCUUCCUCUGUGAGCUCAGACUCUCUGCUUCAGGCUGUGAUGCGCCGGUAUUUGAUGCUUCUUCUGAGCAAAAACGGAAUUGAUUUCUGGCUGUUGGAGCUGGGCAAUUUGGCCUGAAAUAUUAUUCAUCCCAAACCCAAUUUAUGAUCAAUUUUCUUUCCUGACAUUGCAACAUGUUUACAAGGAGCAGAGAGGAAAACAGAUGGUGAUAACAGAAACUGGUCUUAUACAGAUAAAGAAUCUAAAAAUGCGCGCGGUUAAUGGUAAGGAAUAAACCCGUAUAAAUAGCAACACCAGAGUAAUUUCUGCCAUGAAGUGGAAUAUUUCAACACAUUCAUUACAGGUCCAAAUGCAUGCAUUAUAGUGCACACAGAAGGCAUUAAUGAGUGAUAUCUGACAGAAAACAGCACAGUGAAAGCCCCAUCAUCAGCAUGUUUUGCUGAUGACUGUCACCAACUUGUGCCGUUGUAAUUAAGCACAGUAAACAGAUUAAACGUGUUCUCUCCUCUCUAAUUUUGAUGCCUGUAAUAACCGCAACAUACAGCGAGUGUGCUCACUUUGUAGAGCGUCUCUUUCAGCCUUAGGCUGUAAGACACUCUGCAUGCUGCAGUGGUUUCGACUUUGGUUCAUCCUGUAACAGCUUAAAAAACAAUUGAAAGGUUUUUUAGUCCUUGACUCACUUCUUUAAAGUCCACAAUGAUUUAAAGAAGCAGGUUAAAGUCAGAAAAUCGCGGUAGCUUCAUAAACUCGCCGGCAUUUCUGCUGAAUCUUAGUUAAAUUGAUAGUGAACAGUUAAAGUCUGUCGUUUUUUUUCUCAAGUACUUUUACUUUUGGAGUUUAUACGUAGAUAUUUUGUCAUGAACACAUGCAUGUAGGCCUAUUAUUUUUGGAUUUUUUCAAUGAAAACAGUUGAAAUUGAUAUUUUGGGGGGUCUUAGCUUUUCUUGGAUAGGAGUAGGGGGGAACCACUGCUUUAGUGCCAUGCAUCAUGCAGAGUCAAGUAUAUUUACAAUAUCUCCAGCAUAAGUCACUGCACAGCCUAAUUCAGUUGCAUUACAGCCAUAACAUUACUAUAUAACAAUGGUUUUCAUAAACAUAUUAAAAUAUCUAAAGAUCUGUAAUGCUCAUGGAGAAUAUUCGAGAUAAAAAUGACUGGAAUUUAAAGUUAAACAUCUAAAUGUAAUGUGGUACCAACCAGGUAGCUCUGAGCUCUCUUCCUGGUCCACCCCUCUGAUCUUUUAACCCUAAAUUUACUUUUUUUUUUUUUUUUUUUUUUUAUAUAUAUAUGAGCUAAUGAAGACUUCUUACCAGGUAGAACUGACUGAACUGUUUUAUUUUACAUCCAGGUCUUAAAUUUCACAUCACUCUGCCUUUUACACCGAUUAUUUCUCGGCUUUUUUUCAAACCCCAUCUGAGAAUGUAUUUUAGCAUUCAGGAUAUUUGUGUACUACUAAAUAUUUGAUGACAUUGUUGUAUAAAAGUGGGAUGUCGUAUUGGCAUUAAAUCUAGGAAAUGUAUUUAUUUGACCGUUAAAUGUUGAGUUUAGGCUGCACUGACGUCAUCUAGUGAGAGGAUGGGUUAAGCCUGUAUCUGCUGUUCAACAGUGGUGUUAGUAAAACCUGCUGAACUUUUGGCUUUAUCAGAGGUGGGCACAGUGAGACUGAAUCUGUUAAUCAGAAAGGCUCCCUUCAAAUCUAGUAGAUUUAAUUCAAACAUGAAGCAGCUGUUCACAAUAAAAGCCCCCAGGUAGAGACGAUCAUUUUAGCUUGUUAUUCAGUAAGGUCUCUAAAGCACGGGAGGCUGUAUGCUCUUACUUUAAAAAAAAAUAUCCAAAUGAACACUAAAAUUGUUAAAUUAAUGCCCACAAGAUACAUUUAUGAGAAAUUAAACAUUGAUUUUUAAUGAUUAACAGAUUAACAUGUGCCUAGCUCUGAUUGCUAUAUAUUGCUAAAUUUAAUAUUAAUUUAAACCAGAUUGGAAUUAAUGACCCUAAUAAUACUAAUUAAUUUAACCUUUUCUAUUAGUUUGAAUAUAUUUAUUGAUUUUCCUGUCUGUAAAUCUUUGCAGAAAGUGAUUUUGAAUGUUUAAAAGUACUCUACCAAAUUGACUUCGCUCUAAAUAAGAACUCUACCAUCGACAUUUUGUUAACAGAGUUUUUGAUUCAUCGAUUUCCCGCCCAGUUCUCAGUUAUUUUGUAAAAACAAACGUGUGAUUUGUACGCUUCCUGUCAUCAGCUUGAACGUGGUGGCUCUGCAACAAAACCCUGCCGGUUGAUUCUUUUCUGAGCACUUGUUUACGGUCUCAUAUGUCAAAUAUUGGGAAAGUAUUCUGAACCUUAAUAAAGCACUUUUCAUGCUGAGUUUAGGUGGAAAACUUUAAAAAAGGACUUCUCUGAUUUUCACCAAAGCUAUUAAAGUGUAAUUGGUGGUAGCUUUAGAUGGAUAUGAGAAACAGAGCCGACAUCCUGCAGAGCCUUGUGUGUGUGUGGUCCCUUACUGUAUGUGUGUGUGGGUGUGUGUGUUUGAGUGUGUGUGUGUGUGUGUGUAAAUAUGCACACAUGGUAUAGACGCCCAUUAUAGUAUCUGGUUAAUAUUGAUGAUGUAGUGUUCUUGAUUUCAUCUAUUCUGGGUAAACGUGAAUGCCUUGCAAAAGAAUAAAUAAAAUUCAUUCUUUUUUCUUAA